AGACAUAACUUCCCCUUAGUAUUAGAGAGAGAGAGAGAGAGAGAGAGAGAGAGAGAGAGAGAGAGAGAGAAACUCUUACGUGUUACUCUCACUUCACAAAAGAGUAAAGAACUAAACAUGGCAGAGACCCUUCGUAUGGUUGUUGCUGUUAUUGGGAAUGUUGCCUCAGUGUCUCUUUAUGCUGCACCAACGGUUACCUUCAAAAGGGUCAUAAGGAAGAAAAGCACUGAGGAGUUUUCAUGCAUGCCUUACAUCAUUGCACUGCUGAACUGUCUUCUUUUCACUUGGUAUGGAUUGCCAGUAGUAAGCAACAAGUGGGAAAAUUUACCUCUUGUCACAGUUAAUGGAGUUGGGAUUCUUUUUGAGUUAUCCUAUGUUCUCAUUUAUAUCUGGUUUUCUACACCAAAAGGAAAGGUGAAGGUGGCCAUGACAGCAGUACCAGUUCUUAUAGUGUUCUGUGUGAUUGCUAUCGUAUCAGCUUUUGUCUUCCCGGAUCAUCGCCACCGAAAGCUUCUGGUGGGUAGCAUAGGCUUGGGGGUGUCAAUAGCAAUGUAUGGAUCUCCUUUGGUUGUAAUGAAGAAAGUGAUACAAACCAAGAGUGUGGAAUUCAUGCCACUUCCUUUAUCUUUCUGCUCAUUCUUGGCCAGUGUACUGUGGCUGACUUACGGACUCCUCAUUCGAGACAUUUUCGUUGCGGGACCAAGUCUGAUUGGAACACCCUUAGGCAUACUCCAACUCGUUCUCCACUGCAAAUACUGGAAGAGGAGAGUGAUGGAAGAGCCUAACAAGGUGGAAUUGCAAAAGGGGAACAACACAGAGAAACUUGACUUGGAAAUGGGACAUGGAAAAGAAUGUGUGACAGUUCCUAGUAACUGCAACUAAUGAUCCAGGACAGCCUAGAUUGAAAGAUUUCAACUGGUUCUUCUAGGAUUAAGGAUUCCGGUUUUAAUGUUCGUUUCAUUAACCAAAAAAAAAAAAGAAAAAAAAAUAAUGGUAUUAAUUAACUUGGUCAAUUCAGCUAGUGCACUGGUGGAUAUAUUCACCACACAGAUUUAAAUCAUAGUUGCCUAGUGAAUGUCCUGUUACAUGCUUUCUUUUCGUGGAAAUUGGUUUGUGCCACUUAGUUAUGUUUAUGAAUUUAAUCGAAUAUACUUCGAUUUAACAAAGCCAUAUCUUAAUUUAUAGAAUUUUAAUGAGGAGAUUUAUAUUCAA